AUGUCUGCCCCUCUAGGCUUGACGAGUCGCAUCCUGGUAGCAAUAAUCCACUGCUUGGUGGCCGCAAUCUCUCCGGCGUCUUGCAGUAGCUCCCUCGACCGGGGCGGCGAUGUCAUCGGCUUCAGCUUCCCGUCGACGGAGGGUCCGCAGUACGACGGGAGCGAGCUUAUGUUCUCCUGGGAUGCCGGUGUACUCGGCCGUGCUCUCCACCUCACCGCCGACGGUGUCUAUGAACCGCCGGUUGUAUACUCUCCAGACUCGAAGAGGUCAGCCGGCCAUGUCAGCCUCUCACAAGGUAUCCCACUCGCUCUCGAAUCGAAACCCUUCGACUACUACGACGAUUUCGGGCGGCUAUGGUCGGCGUCGUCGCAGGAGGCGUCCUUCAACACUAUCUUCACCAUGAGCAUCAGCCGGCCGCACGGCUACAAGGCUGACGACGGCGGCCUUCUAUUUGAGGUGCUGCCCCAGCCCGACGACGAACGCCAUUGGGACGGCCUUGACAGGGCCAUUUACUUCCCCUUGUCUACCACGGCAAGCGGCAGCAACAUCUCCGUUGAGAUCGGCAAGCUGGAGUACUAUUACCAUCAGGGGCUGUUCGGUCUGUAUGUCUCCAUCGUGCCACCGGCCCCGACGACGCCAGACUCGACGCCGGCGAACUACACGGUGUGGAUUGAUUACGACGCCAAGAGGCACAACCUUUCAGUUUAUGUCGACGACGAAGGGAAAGCAAAACCAGGACCAGGACAAGCCACGCUUCAUUCCCCCCUCAGCAUCAUCGCCGUCGUCAGUGGGGUCGUCAGGAGUAGGCGGUGGGGGUGGCACAACGGCUCCCCAGACGGUAGUUCCAAGUUUGGUUUAUUCGCCUCCAAGAACAGGUUAUUGCCGUCAUGCCAGCCCGUGGUGUAUAGCUGGAACCUGACGGUGGACAGGCUCUGGUACAUAUCCAGCUCCGCGUCGAUCACAUAUGACCACCGCCGCCGUCGUAUGGCAAGAGUGUUUUUUUAUUUGGUUCUGGUGGCGGCACCUGCUGCAGCUAUUGUUUUUUUGGGCGCUUGGUGCUUAGUGUCAAGGUACAGGGCUCUCACGAUGAAGCUGAAGCUUUCCAAGGCGAUGCGGAGGCUACCCGGAAUACCCCGGGAGUUCGGGUAUGCCGCCGUCAAGAAGGCCACCAGGAACUUCCACGAGAGCAUGAGGCUCGGCAGUGGAGGCUUCGGUGCCGUGUACAAGGGUGCCAUGAUUGCCACCUGCGACGGAGACGACGGCCGCCAGCGGCUUCAGUACGGAAGGCUGUUGGAAGCCGUAGAGGAUGAGCUCACCACCAUGGGAGGUUUCAGCUCUGACGACAAUGAGGACGCCACCCGGUUGCUGCUCCUGGGUUUGGCGUGCAGCAACCCCAACCCGUCAGACCGACCGAGCAUGGAUCAGGUGGUGCAGGUCAUCGCCAAGUCGAUGCCGCCGCCGGCAGUGCCGCUAGUGAAGCCCGCUUUCGUUUGGCCACCGGAAGGAGAGCAGCUACUGCUCUCAGACAAUGCCGAUGAUGAUGACGAUUUUGUGGAGUCAGAUCAUCGUGAUUCUGACAGGAGGCACUGGGAGGAGACGGAGCACUGUGAUAACUUGGCGACGGGCAUCAAACCAUCAUCGGAGAUCACCCAGCGUAAGUCCCGUAAUGUUGUUGAGACAAACAUGAGUCAGGACAUUGAAAAAUGCGUGUAA